AGGGUCGCCAAUAGAGAUUGAGAGACCGGGGUGACGAUAUAGACAAUUGGGGAGGCGCGGGGGUUCUGGAAGCUUCCGCUGCAUUCUCUCAAUUCAUCACCGGACAUAAGUCCUGAGCUCCACCGCAACAGGCACCGCACAAAAUCACCACGACCACGACCACGACCACGACCACGACCACCGCCGGCAUAACAGGAGCAGUUCAGAUUUGGCAGAUUGUUUUGGACAUAAGAGCUAACUUCUAGGGCGAGGGGGGAUUGGUGGGUUGGGUUGGGUUGGGUUUGGAGAGAUGGGGGUGGAUUACUACAAGAUGUUGGGGGUGGAGAGGGGCGCCAAAGACGACGACUUGAAGAAGGCCUACAGGAAGCUGGCCAUGAAGUGGCAUCCCGACAAGAACCCCAACAACAAGAAGGAAGCUGAGGCCAAGUUCAAGCAGAUCUCCGAGGCUUAUGAGGUCCUCAGUGACCCACAGAAGAGAGCAGUGUAUGAUCAGUAUGGCGAGGAGGGUCUGAAGGGUCAAGUGCCGCCACCUGAUGCGGGUGGCCCUGGCGGCGCUACCUACUUCUCAACAGGAGAGGGGCCUAUGUCGUUCCGGUUCAACCCCCGGAACGCGGACGACAUCUUCGCUGAGUUUUUUGGGUACUCAGGCCCCUUUGGCGGCAUGGGAGGGAUGGGUAGCGGCAUGGGAGGGAUGGGUGGUGGCAGCGGUGGUGGAAUGAGAGGGUCGAGGUUCUCAAGUAGUAUUUUUGGGGAUGAUUUCUUUGGCUCCUUUGGAGAAGGAGGAGGGUCGAUGCACCAAGUAGCUCCCAGGAAAGCUUCUCCUAUUGAGAACAGGUUGCCCUGUAGUCUAGAGGAUCUCUAUAAAGGGACUACCAAGAAGAUGAAGAUUUCCAGGGAGAUUGCUGACAUGAGUGGAAGAACUAUGCAGGUAGAGGAGAUCUUAACCAUUGAUAUAAAGCCGGGUUGGAAAAAGGGAACCAAAAUUACCUUCCCUGAGAAAGGCAAUGAGCAGCCAAAUGUCAUACCAGCCGAUCUUGUCUUCAUAAUUGAUGAGAAGCCUCACAGUGUGUUCACCCGCGAUGGAAACGACUUGAUCAUCACAAAAACCAUAUCCCUGGCCGAGGCCUUAACAGGUCUCACGGUCCAUCUCACAACGUUAGAUGGCAGGAGUUUGACCAUCCCUAUCAGCAAUGUGAUCCAUCCAAACUAUGAAGAGGUAGUUCCGAGGGAGGGGAUGCCUCACCAGAAGGACCCAACAAAGAAGGGUAACUUGAGGAUGAAGUUCAACAUCAAGUUUCCAACGAGGCUGACAUCGGAGCAGAAGGCUGGAAUCAAGAAACUUUUGGGUGCUUGAGAAGAUGUAGUUGAUGGGAGUCCAAACGAGCUAAUGUGAAUAUUAGGUCAAGUUGCUUGGUUUUGCAAGUCAACGAAAUUAUAUGGGAUGUUCUUUCUGGCAUUAAUUUGGGGUUUAGUUUAUUGUUAUACUUGAAUUACAAUCUUAAUUGAGAGUUACAGGUUCUUUAAACAUAAAAAUAAUAGUCUCGGUUGUGUUUUAGAGGCGGUAUCCGCAGAUUCAAGCAGAUUACUGUCCGGUCGAUUGAUGUUGUUACCUGUAUGUAUGUAACAAUGUAUUAGAAAUUAUGUUUUACUUAAAUUGUUGAUACCGGCACAAUCUGCUGAUAGUGAGGCUUUA